UUUUCCUCGUUUUAUUAAUCUAUCAAUCUUCCUCUUUUUUUCAAGUCAAAACAAAAAUGAAAAGUAAAACGAGAGGAUUAUUAUUGUCAAUUAUUUUAAGUGAGGUGCUUCUCUUUAAUUUUAAUUUUAGUGGAAACCGGAAGUUCGUCUCUGUUUUACCUUAUACCCUGUAUUAACUGUCCUUCCCCUCUAACGAUGAAUCAAGGCAAUAAUCGGCCCUUAUCAAAUGCCCUACUACCUACAUGUUCAAAUUUUAAAUCUCGGACAAAUUGCCCUCCCUCGAUUAAUUACUCCCUCUAGCAGAAGGUCGAAGCAAGAAUUACCCAGGGUUUAAGGAGCUACGGAAAUUAAUAAAAAUUCUCUAUUUAUUUUAUUUUUUAAACAUAAUUUUACUUUUUUAUCUUAUUUUGUAGCCUAUUUUCUCCUCUUUCCAACGACACCAAAUUUGGCUAAAUAUGUGCAGUUACUCGGUUGUUAUUUUAUAUAGACUUGAGAUUACCUUUAAAUUUUGCCAAAAAAAUUUUUUUAUUAAAAUAUCUAAUUUCUUAAAAAUUUUGAAACAAACAAAAAAAAAUUGUUUGGGAAUCAAAUGUCAUAAAGAUGACGAAAAAUUUUAAAAUUAUUGCUUAAGAAUAUUUGCGCUAUCCCUUCUUUUUUUGGCCACAUUUUCAAGGCUACUUUUAAUUUUUCUUUUUAAAUAUUUUUUGCUACUUCACUUUUCAUCAUCUUACUUUUUAAUUUUCUU